AUGGCGAUGCUGAUUGCACCACACGAUGAUGGAGUGCAAACGUUUCCGAAUGGCUGUUCGGACCCAUUCGUAAUGCCGAAACGUUACACCUUUAAUGGAGUUAUAGCGAACGGAGCACUAGGCUUUGUUUGCGAACCACUGGUAUUUGAACCGUAUAAUUGCAGUUCGGCGACCGAUAAAGUGAAGAAUCGAACAGUCGCUAUCAAAAAGUUUCAUUAUCCAUUUCAUAAUGAGUUCGCUGCAAGACGAGUCUAUCGAGAAAUUAAACUUCUGAAAUGUAUCAAACAUGAAAACAUAAUCACUUUGUUAGACGUAUUCUCACCGCAACACAGCAGUGACACUCUACGUGAUGUUUAUAUUGUAACCGAACUGAUGGAUGCAGACUUAUCGAAAGUGGUCAAAUUGGACGUCGACAAUACGUGCAUUUCGUACAUGGUUUAUCAGAUUUGUUGUGCAAUCAACUAUUUGCAUUCGUUGGGCAUUAUCCAUCGAGAUCUGAAACCAAGCAACAUCGGCGUGAAUGGAAACUGCAAGGUUAAGAUUCUUGGUUUUGGCUUAGCACGUACGAAAGAUGGCAGAUUCAUGUCACCUUACGUUACCACACGUUACUAUCGUGCACCUGAGGUACUACUCGGUAUGCAGUAUGAUGCCAAAGGUAGCAACCUUUUAUCUAACCUCAAAGAUUUUUCAGUUGACGUGUGGUCUAUUGGAUGCAUAUUAGCUGAGCUUAUACUUGGUGUGCCACUGUUUUGUGGAGUGAACACUGUUGAUCAGUGGCACAAAAUAUUGAUUAUAUGCGGUUCACCGAAUCAGAAUUUCACUGAUAAGAUGAGCGCAGAGGCAAAGUAUGUGACCCAGUUGAUGCCCACACAAACAGGAAUAUCAUUCGAUAGAUUAUUCACGGAAUCUUUGCUGGCCAGCCGUAACUUUGAAACGGCUCAGGUCGAACAGCAUGUAACUACAGAAAAGGGUGUUUCAGCACUUAGUGGUUCGUGA